UGUACAUUCUUCGCGGCAUAUUUCGCACCGAAGAAGGAAAGAGAAACAAAAUCGGCCACUGGCUGCACGAUGACGAUAGCGACGCCUUUCAGUGGAGCUGCGAAUUCGAUUGCUGCGGCGAGGACAGUUCUGAUAACGGGAGUGAGCAAAGGUCUGGGAAGAGCCCUAGCUCUCGAGCUUGCGAAGAGAGGUCACACUGUGAUAGGAUGCGCCCGUUCUCAGGAGAAGCUCACCGCUCUUCGAUCGGAGCUCUCCUCCCCGGAUAAUCAUCUCCUCCUCCCCGCCGAUGUGAAAUCAAACAGCAGCGUCGAAGAGAUGGCUCACACAAUUGUGGAGAAGAAGGGUGUCCCAGAUAUCAUAGUUAACAAUGCCGGUACUAUCAAUAAGAACAGCAAGAUUUGGGAAGUCUCUGCAGAAGAUUUUGACAAUGUUAUGGAUACAAACGUUAAAGGAGUAGCAAACGUGCUGCGCCAUUUUAUCCCUUUGAUGCUCCCACGGAAGCAAGGCAUUAUUGUGAAUAUGUCUUCUGGAUGGGGAAGAUCUGGUGCUGCCCUGGUUGCACCUUACUGUGCAUCGAAAUGGGCGAUUGAGGGUUUAAGCCGAGCAGUGGCAAAGGAAGUAGGUGAAGGAAUGGCAGUGGUUGCAUUAAAUCCAGGCGUGAUCAACACAGAAUUGCUCACUUCCUGCUUUGGAAAUUCAGCUUCCUUGUAUCAAGCUCCUGAUGCUUGGGCUGUGAAGGCUGCAACUAUGAUUCUGAACCUUUCAGCGGGUGAUAAUGGCGGUUCUCUUACGGUCUAACAACUAAAGCUACAAUUUUCUUUUCCAACUUCAGUGAUAUGGAUAAAGGAGCUUCUUCAGCAGAGGGUUAUACAAAAAUCUUUGAUUUGAGGCUUUGAUUCAUGUAACCAGAAACUUCAGCGUGGUUACUACUUUCUUAAGGUUUAGAUAUUUUCACAGUUUUAGAUAAAUAAGUAGUUAGGACGAUGUAACUGUCACAAGGUUUGAUGUUCACCAAAGUUUCUG